AUGCCAUUCAAAUGGCUGAACACCUCCGGACCGCCAGAUCGUCCCAUAGCCAAAGAUAUGGACAACGUUUCGAGCAAGGGACGGAAAUCUAGGCGGCAAAGCUUGAGCUUAUUGUUAAAGGGGCUCAAACCACGAAAGAAUCGUGAGAAGGAUGCACGCCAUGGAGUUAACGGCACUAAUCAGGACACGGCGUCUAUCCCGCAACCUGUGGCAUCGGAUCUUAGUCCGACAAAGGAAGCUCCUGCUAUCACAACACCUUCAGACGAUACCAUGAAACGCAGUGACGAGAAACGACCUACUUCGAAGACCGACAUCGUCGCUACUCCAGAGCCAGAGCCCCAAGCGGUGAGCCACGAGCUGAAUGAUACCGACAUACAUACACUCUUUGCCUCCGCGCCUCAGUACACUAUAACCCUCGAUGGUAAUGCACCCGAGGUCUCGGUUGGCUUUCCAUGGCAGUUCGAUCUUACCAUGCGUGAUACAAGCGACUCGAGGUCAAUCCGACACCCUGCCUUCUCCGUAUCCACCCUUCGAACACAUCUCGCAGCUCCGAGCCAGCACCAUGACCACCAGGGCCAUGUCUCAUCGUUCUGCAUCUCAGCGAAAGAACUCCCGAAUAUGUUGCGAGCAGAUGGCAACGAGGCCGGUGCUGUCGGGUUCGAGUUCUUUACGCAGCUGGGAAAUGCGGAUUUUCUUUACGAAGGAGAAGACGAUGCACAUGAAGAAGAGGCGCAGAGAAAUUGGAGACGGUUUCAACAAAGCCCGGGGAAACUAGGUAUUCGAUUGUUUGACCGUAUGAUUGUCUACGAGCGGUUGGCCGAGCUAGGCGAGAUGUACGCAAGCUGCCGCCACUCGAACAAGAAGAUGAGUAUAUUGGACAAGCAGAGCCCGUCUGAGCUGUACGCGCUGCUAUAUGCUCAGCUACUACAACCACCACGAUUCGAUCCUGACGCGCAGGAUCCUACGGGACUGAAGGUGCAAGUGGAAAGCCUGUCCAAGAUCCUGGCCAUCAAAGGAAUUUGGUACGAUUUCAGUUUGGUGGAAAAUCGGAUACGUCUAGGCCAAUUCUUUUGGACGGUUGAGGAAGAGCAAGAGGAGGAACAGUUCGACAACAGUCUGCCCGAGCGGGACGUUCUCGUCUUGCAGAUCACGUUGGCGGCCGAACUUCUUGUUCGACUCGAAGCCAUUGCUGCGGCUUCGGCCGAAUAUGUGCGCAAAAAUUUGCAUCUGACCAAGGAAAACGUAGACAGGUUCAAGGAACUUCAGUCCAGGAAGCUGAGCUGGGAUUUGGUACUUGCACGGAGGUUCCUAGAGAACAUCAAAGUCGUUUGCACGCAAGUACCCGUCUCGACUCCACCGACACCGAAGAAAUCCUUCUUCUCCUCCGGAAAUAACCAAGAAGAUGCCUCAGAAAACAUGGAGACGAUUCUAUGCCUCCUUCCUCGCAACCUCGAUCAACAGCUCUCUGGUUUGCUCGCAUUCGCCCAGAGCAUUGGCUGGCCUGAUAUCGAUGAACUUGAAUCGGAGUUGAACAAGAAGUACCGACGGCCAUUCAAGGAAAUGCAAAAGCACAGUGCCGACCAACUUAUGACACCGAGUAUCUAUAAAACCCCGAUCUGCUCGCCUUCGAAUAAACCAAGCAGCCAGCAGACGGAUUAUUUCAACAGGCCAACCUCACGUAGAAACAGCUCAAGUCCGGGCCGUCGACCAUCCCGCCCUCGAACGCAGAAGUCGAGGACUCACCUCACAGCCCAGCUUUCACCGUCCCGUCCAUCCACCCCCGAUCCAUAUGUCACCCCAGGUACCGCAGGCGCCUCGACUGUCAUGUCGAGCAUCAGGUCUACGGCCAACCCCCUCGACACAUUUACCACGCCUCCGUCAUGGGUGACACCAACCUACCUUACCGGCCUGCUGCUUCCGGGACCCACGACGUCAUAUUUCCUCCUGGCGACGCUGCUCGAAAAUUCCCCCUCGGCGCUUGCCAGAGUGGGCGAAAGCGCCAACCUCACUGCUGGCUUCAUUUAUGGGGGCCGGAGCUGGUGGAGCACCGAGUGCGUCCUUGGACGCGUGCUCGCGGGGCUGCCCGGAGCCAAAUCAUGCAUGGGCUGGGUAGGCACGCCUGUGGCGCCGAUGGACAACCACGAAGGGUGGAUCGACGUCGGCGGAGGUGCGGUUGGAUGGCGGCGAGACUGGGUCGUCAUCGCCAACGAGAAGGGGAGCGACCACACGCUCAACGCAUAUGCUGGUGUGCGUGGACUUCUUGGCGAUAGAUACGAAGAGAGCAAUGGCAAGAUCCAAGCGUCUGCGGACAACUUCAUCAUCCCGUCCGAACCUCGCCACGUCAAGCGCGCCGGGCUCUGGUUCGAAGGCCUCAAGCUCGUUCCUUCGCCCACGUCCACGAACCCAUCGAGCUCCAGUCAGGGCAGCCCGAGAAGUCAAGCCUCCGACCCGGGCAGCCAGUGUUCCGGGGGGACGGUCUCGAAAGAGCUCAUCCCCCACUUGCUCUUCUCCAGCACUUCCUUGAGCGACGACUACGGCACACAGUCCGUCGCACUGCGCUACGAUGUCUACUUCAUCUCCGCCUGGCCGUGUCGACCGCCACGGGUCGUCACGGUCAUCAAGCGCGCUGCAGCCGACUCCGCUGUAGCCGACUCCGCUGCAGACAAGGAGUCACACGUCGAGGACUUGCCUUCGCAUCCACUGCACAUGUCGCACCGGUACACGGUGGUGCCGGCGGCGUCGGUGUUGGGCAAAUCGUUUGCACUGCCGAGGAAUGAGGAGGAAUGGGAGGAGAAAGGGGUGUUGGUGCUAGAUUCACGAGCCGAUGCGACGUUGGAGUUAGUGGCGAGGGCGUGGUGUGCGAGAGAAGGCUUUGAUGCGGUGAUAGGGAGAGGGGUGGGACAGGAUGGCGGCAAGGAUCGAGGAGUGGACGGGACUUGUUUGGCAUGCUGCGUGAGGGAAGCGAGGAUUGCGGGAGUGAGGGUGGUGAUCCGAGUAUCCGGGUGA